GGUUCCAUUCCAGGUCAAGCAAGUACCAAUGCAACUUUUCUAAGUUUGUAUGUACUUUCUUGGUAUAUCUUGGACUUGGACACCAAUUUCUACGUUUCGGAUGGCACGUUAAACUGUAGGUCCCGGCUGUCAUUGAACCUCCUUGGCAGUUGUUACGGGUAGUCAGAAGCCAGUAACACCAGUCUAGCUACUAAGAACCGUAUUCCCCUUACUCCGCAUCUACAUGCGAUAAUAUGUUGGUAGGUGCAGCUGCUAUCACACAGUAUCAGUACUUGUACUAUACUUCUCUGUGCUGUGAAGUGUGAUUAUCGUAUCCUAGUAACAACGUUGGCACGGUAACUAUUAGGAGUAAACAUUAGAUCCUGGGUAAAUCAUAAACAUCGGUCAUAAUAAGACAUUAAAGUAUUUAAUAGCUCAUAAAACAGAAUUUAUUGCAUUAAAUCAAACACUGAGGGAGACACCUAUAGAGUAAAUCAGUUUGUUUAAACCUUAUUGGUACCUAUUUGCUUCAUUCAAGCCAUAAUGAAGCCAUAUAAUUUGAUGAACCGUUCUAAAUUCAAAUUGCUGCAUUGACAACGUCAAUAUUGUCACGAAAAAUUGGGACGCGACGGUGUUUCGAUUUUCAUUAUUCCCAGGCAUUUAUUGUGUCAAUUAAAACGAUUUUUUUUACUAAAUAAUGGCCAACGAAGCUGAGGAGACGGUUCGAAAGCUAUCUAUGCACAAAGGUGUGGCAGGAGUCAUAGUUGUCAACGGUGAAGGUAUACCAAUCAAGACUACUUUAGAGAAUCAUGUUUCUGUUCAGUAUGCGGGCCUUAUGAGCUCCUUAGUGGAUAAAGCGAAGGCGGUAGUGAGAGAUCUCGACCCUACCAAUGAUCUGACCUUCCUGAGGAUACGGAGCAAGAAAAGCGAGGUGAUGGUGGCUCCAGAUAAAGACUUUAUACUGAUAGUCGUGCAAAACCCGGUUGAAUGACGAAGGUUUUGGCUCGUGAGCCAAUGUUUUUUACCUUCCCUUGGUCUAUUUUUCUUAAAGUACGCCAAUUACCUUUAAUGUUUGUAUUUUUCUAUCUAGUCAUAGUUCUGCUUUAUUUUACUUCUUGUCAACUUUUUCUACUGCGUUAGUUGCUCAGUAUAUUGUAAUGAAAUAUUAUGAAAAUUAUGUAACACUACGUAUUCUUUCUAUUUCAUUUUAAUUCAUUUACUUAUAAUGUUUUUGCUAUCAUCUCAUCAAUUAUGUAAUAAAUAAAACAGUAUCACAUUUAAUUGGUUUAUUACUUAGUCAUAAGUUAGAUCACAAGUCACUAUUCUAGAUGUGGAAUGAUUACCAACUUCCGCGUCCUCUGCCCCGGCCUCUGAAUCCUCCGCGGUUAAAACCUCGGUUGCCGAAACCACCUCGGCCGUAACCAUUACCACUGCCGAAACCUCCCUGGUUCCCGCCAAAACCACCCUGGUUCCCUCCAAAACCGCCCUGGUUCCCGCCGAAACCACCUUGAGCACCUUCGAAGCCGGGGUUACCGCCACUGAAACCACCUCGUCCCCAGAAGCCUCCUCGGUUACCGAAACCUUGGUUGCCGAAGCCCUGGUUUCCCCCAAAGCCC